CUCUCUCUCUCUCUCUCUCUCUUUCUUUCUUUCUUUCUUUCUUUCUUUCUUUCUUUCUUUCUUUCUUCACUUUCCACUGCCUUUCAAGGCCCAUCAAGGGAUCAAGGGAAGGGGGUGGAGUAGAAAGAGGCAUUCUUUCACAGAAUAGAAAUAAAGGGAAAUACUUCAGGAUGGAGGUAAAACUAGGAGUUAGUUAAUAUGCCAGAGGUCCGAGAAAAUGGCCUUUAGACUGGGAAGUUGCGUGUGAAUGACACAUACUCGGUUUUUGGAAUAGUAUAAAAACAUAGCUGUGGAGCUUUUGGGGAACUUGCUUAACCUCAUUAUCUGUUGUAAGAAGACGAUAGUUCCCACCUCAUAGAGUUGUGAGGGUUGGAGAUGAUGUAUGUAUGCAAAGCACUCAGCACACAUCGAUAGCUAGUAAAAGUGGGUGAUUUCCCUACAACUAUUUUUCCUCCUUUCCCGGUAACGUUAUUUUUUGUAUCUGUGCAUGAUGACGUCCACCAUUUGAGUCCUUCAUGAUCCUCAGUGUGCUUUCAAAACCCUUAAUACCCAUCUGAUGCCUUCACUUCCCUUGGUACCAUCCAGCUGGACACAAACUCAUCCCUAAACUAUGCAGAUGGAAGCCUUGGUAACCAUGGAGACAGGGCAGGUGGCAGGGAGAGGCAGAGGCAGUGAGCAACAGAUAGGAAGAGACAAGGAGUGAUUCAGGCAGGGACCUUCAAGGGAGAGGGAAAAAUAAGUCUAAGGGAGUAAAGAGAUGUAAUGAACGCAUCCGUGCAACAGGGUUCGGUCAUCACUCUGCCUUUUUCUACUUCCUAUGCACACCCCUUAAAAUAUUGUAAAGAGGGAAUUUGAGAAUGCCCCUUGCCCUAAAAAUUCCCUGGGAAAACCACCUUCCUCACAUUCCUAAUGGGGCCCAAGGGAAAUGAGAUCCAAGUGUCUCUAUGGUGUGUGAUGUUUGAGAGGGGUGCAGCAGGGGUAGACUGCUGUCUGAUUCCAGUCUAUACUUUCCCUGAUAUUUAAACUACGGGAAGGGAGCCACAUCUCCUGCCUCUCUGCUCUGUGUGGACGCUGCUGCAGAUCCCAACCGCCUCCCUACACCCUUCUGCACAGUGUGCCAUAUGCCGUGUGUGGCAGUCAGGUCUGGCAUACCGAAGCUCAUGGAGAUCUGUUGAAGAUCGACGAAGAAUCUGGAUGGUUCCUGAAUGGGUCGUGGGAGAGUCCCCUAAGGAGCGCUUAGGGAUAGGCUUCACUACCGAGACCUCAGGCCUCUCCUAACCACCACCUCCAUAGAUAUCUUAGAUAUCUUCGGCAGGUCCCAGUCCCGGCUCCAUCGGUGCUUUAGCCCGAGCCGCAGCUAUGCUGCACACCGAGGGCCACGCUCUUCUUCGGGCUGUGGGACAGGGUAAGCUACGCUUGGCCCGUUUGCUUCUGGAGGGAGGAGCCUACGUGAAUGAGGGUGAUGCCCAGGGGGAGACGGCGCUAAUGGCGGCCUGUAGGGCCCGUUACGACGACCCUCAGAACAAGGCGCGCAUGGUACGUUAUCUCUUGGAGCAAGGCGCGGAUCCCAACAUCGCAGACCGUUUAGGACGCACCGCGCUCAUGCAUGCUUGCGCCGGGGGUGGGGGAGCCGCAGUGGCCUCUCUGCUCCUUGCCCACGGCGCAGACCCCUCAGUCCGAGAUCACGCUGGCGCCUCGGCGCUUGUCCACGCCCUGGACCGAGGGGACCGCGAGACCCUUGCCACACUGCUGGACGCCUGCAAGGCCAAGGGCACGGAGGUCAUCAUCAUAACCACGGAUACCUCGCCCUCGGGCACCAAGAAGACCAGGCAGUAUCUUAAUUCCCCACCGUCCCCGGGGGUAGAUGACCCUGCACCCGCCCCUCCUAGUCCAGGGGUCUGCACGUCGCCUUCAGAAGUCCAGCUGCAGACUGCAGGAGGAGGACGCGGGUUGUUAUCCCCUCGCGCCCAGGAAGAAGAGGAGAAAAGAGACAUUUUUGAAUUUCCUUUUCCUAAGCCCCCUGAUGACCCUUCCCCUUCCGAGCCUCUUCCCAAGCCACCUCGACAUCCUCCAAAACCACUCAAAAGGCUCAAUUCCGAGCCCUGGGGCCUUGUGGCUCCUCCUCAACUGGUCCCUCCUGCGGAAGGGAGGCCUGGCUUGGAGCGCCUAGCUGCUGAAUUCAACGGCUUGACCCUGACUGGUAGACCGCGUCUUUCUCGGCGUCACAGCACCGAAGGCCCGGAGGACCCGCCCCCAUGGGCGGAGAAAGUGACGGGUGGGGGUCCUCUCUCGCGCCGAAACACUGCGCCCGAGGCUCAGGAGUCUGGUCUGCCUUCAGGACUAAGGCAAAAACUGAGCCGCAUGGAGCCAGUGGAGCUCGACACCCCUGGACAUUUUUGCCCCGACUCCCCCGAAUCCAGCCGCUUAUCCCUGGAGCGCCGGCGAUACAGCGCCUCUCCGCUGACUCUCCCUCCAGCGGGCUCAGUUUCCUCUCCACGCCAGUCCCAGGAAAGUCUGCCCGGGGCUGUAUCCCCUCUGAGCGGACGGAGGCGGAGUCCAGGGCUGCUAGAGAGAAGGGGCUCCGGGACCUUGCUCCUGGACCACAUCUCGCAAACGCGACCGGGUUUCUUGCCUCCUCUCAACAUCAGUCCCCACCCUCCCAUCCCCGACAUUCGCCCCCAACCCGGAGGUCGAGCACCCUCACUGCCUGCCCCUCCACACUCUGGGGCACCAGGGUCUCCCAGGACCAAGCGCAAGUUGGUGAGGCGCCACUCCAUGCAGACUGAGCAGAUUCGCCUGCUAGGGGGUUUCCAGAGUCUAGGCGGGCCUGGGGAACCUGGGCGCUGAAAGAAAUGAGGGGUGCCAAGGAGGGGGAGGGUCAGGACCCUGAUAGAGGGAGAACCAGCUGAUACCUCGGACACGGGAUCUCUUGCAUGUGCUCCUGGCACUGUGCACGCACACAUGGGUAAGCAUGUGUCCACAAGCAUAGUACACUUACUAGCGAGAAGGAUAAAUACUGUGUUUACUGGGCGUAUAGACCCACGCAUUCGUGCCCUGGUCAUUUCACAAGUACACGGGAUUACUUGGGAACCCAUAGGCACAGCACACCAACAGACAGAGGACCACUUGUGCUAGGGUCCCAGACUCACAUUUGUUCAGAAGCAGCAAGGAGCCCCCACUCAUGGCUGGUCUCCUGUACCUUUGCCCUCCUAAAGAAGCAAUCCCUUGCUUUCCAUGUAUGCCCUGCAACGUGACCUAUCAUGUCCUCCUUGAACACUCUGCUUUCUCUUCAUGACUAUCUCACCCCAUUCCACAGGCCUUGCUUCUCCAUGCCUGGCUCCUUGCUCACACCCUGCUUCCAUCUGCUUUUCAGGAUGUCUUCUUCACUACUCUUGGGGUUCCUGAAGCAGCUCCCAAUCUCGGUUCUGUUGUUGCCCUUCCAUACCCCCCCUUCUCAAUUUCCUGCUUUUUAUUCCUUCCCUGUGCCCCACCCUACCCCCCUCAACACACAUACCACUACAGAUUGUCUUGUUUACCCCAGGGAUAGGUCAUGGGCUCAAAGUUGCUCUUCUGUGUGUCUGAGCUUAUGAACAUCCCCCACAGGUAGAAAUGGGAAGCAAGCCUAAGUCAGUCCUCUAACCACUUGACAUGUCAAAUAAAUGUGUUCAGAAGUCUGUUUCGUCACUGCUGGCUGAAGGUGUGGGCUGGAGGUGAAGAGAGGGCAUGGGAGGGGGAGGCUUACAGUCACAGCUACUCAGGGAGCCAAUCUAGAAGCUGCGGCUACCUUCUUUCCAGGAGACCAACUGACCAGUAGUGCUUGUUGAAAAAAAGGCAAAUGGGCCCUGUGUUCUGAAGGCUUUAAGGCAUUUGGUAGGCCUUCCCCCUAGCCUCCCCAUGCCUGACCUUUAAUGCUUUAAGAUUCUUACAGAGUGCCCCCCCUUCUCCAUAAGCAGAAGCCACUCCUAUGUCUGGACCACACAGGUUUUGUUGUUGUUGUUGUUGUUUUAAAUACAGGGUUUAAUUUCACUUCA